UGCGCGCAGAUGAUCGAUCAAGGCAGGAUGGCCGUUCCUGCUCCAGGAGUUGAUAUGUUGGCGGAGCCAGUUAAUGGCGACGUUGCCGAUAAGGCUCCCAUAUCGGCAAUGGGAGGUUCAGACGAUGAACCAGCUUUGAAGAAGAUGAAGGUUGAAAGAGAUGAUGAUGAGCUGUUUGCUCCUCAAGCAGACCAGACAGGUACUGUUCUGGAGGGUCCGGGUGCGAAGAGGGAGAUGAAACCAUUCACCCUGCCAAAAUUAGGAUCCACACAACAAGAUUCCAUAGCAAGAGCCAAGAAGUAUGCAAUGGAGCAAAGCAUUAAGAGUGUUCUUGUCAAACAGACAAUAGCUCAUCAACAACAGCAAAUGCAGAAUUUCCAGAACACUGUUCAAAGACAACAAGCUUUAGCACUUAUGUGCAGGAUUUACGUUGGCAGCAUUAACUUCGAGAUAAAAGAAGACACCAUCAAGCAAGCUUUUCUUCCAUUCGGCCCCAUCAAAAGCGUCAAUCUGUCAUGGGACCCUAUCACAAACAAACACAAGGGAUUCGCAUUUAUCGAAUACGACGUUCCAGAAGCGGCCCAACUAGCCUUAGAGCAGAUGAAUGGCGUUAUGAUUGGAGGCCGCAACAUCAAGGUGGGACGCCCCAGCAAUAUGCCACAAGCUCAACCAAUCAUUGAACAGUUAGCAGCAGAAGCCAAGAAUUAUAAUAGGAUAUAUGUAGCAUCAAUACACAGUGAUUUAUCCGAAUCUGACAUCCAAAGUGUAUUUGAAGCUUUUGGUCGUAUUCAAUCAUGUAAACUAGCCCUAGAUGGAUCCAAACCAGGAAAACACAAAGGUUACGGCUUCAUCGAGUAUGACACCCCCCAAGCAGCUCAAGAUGCAGUUUCCUCCAUGAAUUUAUUUGAUCUUGGUGGCCAGUUUCUCCGAGUUGGCAGGGCCAUCACUCCCCCCAGAUGCACUACAGGCACCGUCAGGCCCAGGAAGCAUGCCCACUGCUGCUGCUGUUGCAGCUGCAGCUGUCACAGCGAAGAUCACAGCAUUAGAUGCACAGCAGGCUGCUGUGCUCCACCAGGUCUAGCCAUGCCCACAACACUAGGUAAUGGAGUGGGGUCACCUGAUGUGAAUAGAAGUGGUGUGAUACCCCCAGCUGGACUGGCCAUGCCAACUGUUUUGGGACAGGCUCCAGUUUUGUCUGCUCCCUCACAAAUUGCUGCACCCAAUGUUAUCAGUAUGCCCUCCGUUGCUAGUAUUCCUGCUCCACCACCACCAGCACCAAGUAAUCCUCAUGCUACAGCAGCAUCUGUUGCGUCAGCAUUGUCAGCAAUGGCACCGGAUGGGAAGGAUACAAAGAAUGGGAAGAAGGAUGGAAAGCAGAAUAAGUUGGAUGAUGAAUCGAGUCAGAGUCUUGCUCAGCAAGAGAACAUGAAGAUCAGUGGCAGUAACGCCAGGCAUAUGGUCAUGCAAAAACUGAUGAGGGCACCUCAGGCACGUGUGAUGGUGCUUAGGAACAUGGUUGGCCCUGAAGACCUUGAUGACGAGCUGGAGACUGAAGUGACGGAGGAGUGUGGCAAGUUUGGGGUUGUUAACCGAGUUAUCAUCUAUCAGGAGAAACAGAGUGAAGAGGAGGAUGCUGAGAUUGUUGUCAAGAUAUUUGUGGAAUUCACUGCUCAGGAUGGUCUAGAACGGGCCAUUCAGUCCCUAAAUGGACGAUUCUUUGGCGGGAGAAUUGUGAGAGCCGAGAAGUAUGAUCCUGACAUGUUUGAAGCACAAGAUCUGUCUGGUUGAAAACCUAAGUCAAGGAUUAAAAUAAUCCAGAUAAAAAACACUGAAGUGCUGACAUGAUGGACUGUAUCAAUGCUUAAGUCAGUAAACCAAGGUAUUCCCAUGUGCUGGUGGGAUGGUGUCCGUAUGCACUGUCAGGUGGAUAUCACAGAGCGAGCUGUUCCAGAAAUAAUACAAGAAAGUGUCUCGCUUCUGAGUGUGUUUCCUGACCAAUGUGAUCAUUCAAACUGAUGGGAAGUCUGUAAUUUGAAUGUGGAAAUAGCUGACAUUGUCCAUGUUCUUUUGAUGCCACCACAAAACUAGAACUAAUUCUAGAAGAAGGUGCUUCAUUUUCAGAACCUAAAGAUUUGACCUAAAGCAACAAGUCACUUACGAUAAGGAGAUGCACGAAUGCCGACAGCCUUGUUCUAAAAACUUGUGAUCCAGUGAAUAUUUGUUUCAUGGUGGCUUUAUUCAUUGUGUGAUUUGCCAUUUCGAGUGAAAGAUGUGUAUAAAUGUGGUAUAGCUGAGUUGAAUGUUGCCUGAUAUGGAACUGACAUAAGAAUAUGUACUAAGUGUAAAUUAUGUAAAUGAAAAGAAAUAUUAAGAUUGCGUUUGAGGUUUCACUUAGUUUAAACUUGUCAAAAUCUUACGAGUGAAAUUGUUUUCAAAAGAUGUUUAUGGUUAUGUUCAACUGCUUGAGAAUAGAAUUCAGACCUAGUCAUUUCAUCAAUCUUGAGGAAUCAUGUAGAUAUUUUAAAGGUACAUCGGAUUCUUAACAUGAUGGGCCAUCUACCUCAAAACAUCUACAUGUUAAAUGCUAUGGCUCACAAUUGGUUGUUACGUUUUGUAAUGUCAAAGCAUUGUUUUGUUUUGUCACAUCAAGGAAUUGUAUUUUUUAUCUCAAGAGUACAUCAAUUCAGUCAGUGUGAAAGAUUCAUUUUCAGCCUUAGGUUGACAUGUGUAAGUACAUAUUUUAAAAAAUGUCCAAAGUUGUAUGAUAUGUUGAUAUUGAAAUUUUGUAAAUAAACAAUGAUGCAAACUA